AUGGCAAGCAGAGCAGUUACUUUGCCGAGGUCUUUAUCCGACCCCACUCAAUGGGACGAGCUCAUCGACAAGUACAGAUCAUUCAGGCUGUCAUCACUAGAACUAUCUCCAAAAUCCUUCAGUUCAACUUACGCCAGGGAAGUUAAGCUAACAAAGGCGAAUUGGGAGACUCGUUUGAGAAAUCCGCUGGCGAUAAAUACCGUCGUCGUCGCAAACCCUGAUACUGGUUCCCUUGAAGAUGACCUUUCUCUCACCCUCAACUCACCAUGGCUUGCUUCACUGGUCGUUUGUGGUCCAUUCGAUGCAAAGACAGCUACGACAACAUGGGAGAAACUGCAAAAUUUUGAUCCAGGAUGCCUCAACUUUGGCACACUAGAACCUGAUAUGGUAUGGACUUAUGUCCUCAACGCAAUCUACGUGCCCCCUUCUCAGAGACGCAAGGGUCUAGCGAACAAACUUAUCGAAUAUGCGAAGCAACUUGUGGCUGGAAAACAUGUCGGGAACAAGGUCAUGCUGGUUCUGAUUGUCAACAUUGAGUCUGUCGUGGCGAUGAAGUGCUAUGAGAAAUCAGGUUUUGAACUGGUGCACGAUUAUUGGUUUGAUGAGCCUGACUAUACCAAGGGCCAUGCGGCUGUCAUGAGAUUGGAUGUGACGGCAAAGAAUUUUAGUUAG